UCAAUUGUAACUAGGUGGUGCUAGCUUGACCGAUAUCACCACAUACUAUCGAUACAAAUAUUUACAUUUUGUCUCCAUUCAUCACAAUACAAAUGUUCAUAAAUAAUGGAUUUUGACGUAAUUAAUUGUAACGACUUGUCGUUUGAGACAAAUUAUGAUGAUACAUUAAAUUUAACUGGGUUGCGAACCGACACCUUGGAUUUUCAAGAUUUCAUGGUAGAUGUCGAAAAUGGUGUUGAAAUUUUUUCUGGUUUCCAAAAAUCAGACCAAAUAAAUAGUGAUUAUUAUAUGGACCCAAAUACAUCACUAUCCAUGCCACCUUGCUUGCUACGAAGUUCUUCUUUAUCAUCAGAUGGCCUAGACAGAUUUUUUAAAUACAAAGAAAAUCAAGAUGAAAUAAAUAUGCGUAAUUCGCCAUCUCCAGUUGGAAGUUGUAGUAGUUCAAAUUGCAGCUUUACCAGUGGAAUCCAGAGUGAUAUAUCGGAAACCUCACAACAUGUACUCCACAAAUAUAUCGAUAUGGAGUUUCCUAAACAAUUUGUAACACCAAAAGAUUUAUUGGAAAAUAGAAGCAAAGACGAAAUAAUUACUAAGUGCGAAGAAAAUUUUUUAUCACCAUCUUCUUUAACUUCACUACUACAAGUCAAAGCACCCUGUAUGCUGGAAACUAACAUUGUAUCCACUCUGCAAAAGGAUGAUAUUUUGCAUCAAACACGAAAUUUUCAAAAUAUUGUUCCAAUAAAAAAUUAUUCUCAGGUUGCGCAAAGGCCAACUAUGUUUACCAAGACAACGAAUGAAGAAAAAUCGCAAAUAAAUAGAUCGAUUAAGUCUUGCAACCAAACAAAAAUAGAAAAUUGCUCUGAUAAUAAAAUAAUAAAAAGUAUUCCUAUACAAGUUCAUACUGAUUUUAAAAAUGAAAUUUUCAUUAAAAAUGUAUUAGAUGAAAAAAUGAUUAAAAAACAGCAACGCAUGAUUAAGAACAGGCAAUCGGCUUCUUUAUCACGUAAAAAGCGAAAAGAAUAUGUUGUGUCAUUAGAAGCUCGACUAAAUAAACUUGAAAAAGAAAAUAACGCGCUUCAAGGAGAAAACGUCACACUGCAACAACAGUUAAUUUUUUUAAAAAAGAAUUGUAAUUGCCGGAGAAAUUCUCGACAAAAUGUAGUCGAUUCGCCUUUAUCUCUUGGAAACAACAAAAAGAUGUUCAUAAAAGUUUCACCAAAAACGAAAAGUCUUCAUCAAAAUUUAAAUUCAGUAACUGUAAAAAAAAAUGUUGCCGUUUUAUUCGCCAUGGCUUUUAUGGUUACUUUAAAUGCAGGACAUUUUCAAUCAUAUCUCACAACGCCAAUUACAAAUGAUGACAAUAAUAUCAUAGAAACUUCAGUAAAAGAUUCGACACUAAGCGGACGCAGACUACUUUGGACAGAAAAAACAAAGGAACUUAAUACAACAUUUUAUUCAAAUUCUCGUCAUUCAGACAUACCCCCUUUACACUUCUUAAAUGAAAAUAUACAUACAAAGAAUUUUACAAAUAGUAUAACGACUUCAUCCAAUAUUCAAAUUUCCUUGGAUAAUUCAUCAUUACUAAAUUGUGUUGGCCUAUGCAGAUCAUCAAAUUCUAGCCAAAAUCAAUUGGAGUUCAAUAGAAUUUCUCAAAAUUUACAUAAAUGGGCCUAUGGUAAUUUUGAUUCAUCUUCAUUGAUAAAUGGCAAAAAUGAAAUACACGAUACCAAACUUUCCAAUGAUUAUUUGGAUCAUAAUAAUAUGUUUGGAAAUAAUUUUAAUUCUAACCGCAAAGAACUUUUUAACGUUAAUAGAUUCUCCACUGAGGUUCACGGAAAAAAGAGAAAAGCAGAUUAUACUACGGAACAAAAAUUAAAAAAUAAAAGUGAACAGAUUAAUUUAAUGAAUAACAUCAGACAGAAAAAUGACACAUUUUAUAUUCUUUCCUUAAACGUGGAACAUGUAAUUUUACCAGCAUCUAACAUGAAUAAUUCUAUUCGGCCAAAACUGUCAUUGUUAUUACCAACUAGAGAUACCGGACAUAAUGGAAAAAAAAUGUUCAUGCAAGUGGAUUGCGAAGUAUUAAACACAAUAGAACUCGAGGUAGAUAACCAUAUUAAAGCUGCUUUGCCAAGUACAAAUAUCACCAAUUUGAAUUCUUCUUUGAAAACUUUUAAAAAUUUAUAUGGCAAAAUACAAAAUAAUCAAAUGUAUGAUAAAGAAACUAACCAUGUUAAAAAACCGCGAACUCGUUCCUUUUAUACGAAUGUUCCAAAAAAAGAAGCAACAGAAAAAUUCCGACAUGUUAAAUUCCAAAACUAUUCGGUUAAAAGUAGUGGGCAAAACUCUGUUUCAGUCUUAAGCGCCAGAACCACUGAAACAUUACCUUCAUAUUUAAAACCAUAAUAAUUGAUAAGUUUAAAACAAAAUGUAGGAAAAACAACCAGAUUCAUAUUAUAGUGACUAAAAAUGUAUAUUAUACUUAUAGAAAGAAAUAAUCGUAAUAAAGAAAAAACUAUAAAAUAAA